ACUUGUCAAGAAUGUCUCCUAGCUUCUCAUAUGCUGAAAUGAGCAUUCAGCUUUAUCUUUUCAAUGUGGUACUACAAUGAUAUUGACACCAAAGGUUCCAUACUUGAUUUCAAAAUGAAUCGAAUGAGCUCCCUGAAUACAAUACGAAUAAUGGUGUAGCCACCCAAAUAAACCUGUUUCUGGGCGAUGGUUGAGAGAUAACGUCAGUGUUGACUGUCCAAUGUGCACCCAUGAAGUUGGGUCAUCCACUGUCAAACACGACCAUAGCCAUCACAACGACAAAAAAUCCGCAAGAUUUACCAACUUUCAUUUGAGCGUGGCAGCAUUUCCUUGAUUAUUUGAAGUGCAUCCUUCCUUCUUUGGCUGGUUCCUCCUCUCACCUUGCCAUGUUUGCUUCUGCUGCCAUUGCCAUGGCUCAUCAUCGGAUCGUGCUUCAAGGAACUCGCUCGAGUCGUUGUGGAGCUUUGAGCUUCCGUCAAAUGCAAAUCAUGAUGAUGCAAAGCCCGUGUAGAAUUGGUAAUCACCAGCCUCCAGGAAUGUCAGUGAAAUAUCAUGCUCAUCACGUUAGUUGCUUAACAAUGUCAACCUAUGCUUCGAACAAGUGCUUGCCGGUGUUGAUCGAUCUGCGCUCCGACACGUUGACUCAGCCCACGGAGAAGAUUCGCCAAUCCUUGGUUCAAGCUCAAACCGGCGAUGAUGUUUAUCAUGAAGAUAACGAGGUGAAAGCUCUGGAAACGGCGAUGGCUCAACUUUUGGGCCAUGAAGCCAGUCUGUUUGUGCCCAGUGGAACCAUGGCCAAUUUGUUGGCAGUGAUGACACAUUGCCAAAAGAGGGGUUCUGAGGUGCUCUUAGGGCACAAGUCCCAUAUGUUUCGAUGGUCGCAAGGCAACAUUGCACAAAUUGCAGGAGUUCAUAGCAAUGCCUUAACCAAUAUGCCAGAUGGAACAUUCUGCUUGAACGAGCUUCAAACCAGGAUUCAAGCCGACGAUGAGCACUGUCCAAUAACCAGCUUGAUUUGCAUUGAAAACACACAUUGCGACACUGGAGGCACGAUCCUAAACUUACCUUGGCUCAGAGAACUUCGAGCCAUGUCCACCAAGUAUAAUAUUCCAGUUCAUGUGGAUGGUGCCAGACUCUUGAAUGCGGCUGUGGGACUCAAAAUCCCGCCAUCAGAAUUAGUCCGAGGCUUCGAAUCGGUUCAGGUGUGCUUGAGCAAAGGCGUGGGUGCGCCAUUUGGAUCAAUAUUAGCGGGAACAAAGCGAUUUGUCACGCAAGCUCGACGAUAUCGAAAAGCGAUCGGAGGAGGUGUCCGACAAAAUGGAUUCAUGGCCAGAGCGGGUUUGUGCGCCUUGGAGGAUUGGGAGAUGAAAUUGCAGCGGGAUCACGAGCAUGCCAAGCUCAUCGCUCAAGGUGUUGAAUCGAUUGGGAGUGGUCAAGUGAGGCUGUUAACGGAAAGUGUGGACUCGAACAUCGUGCUUUUGAGGACAAAGUGUGUUAGUCCGGAGAAGAUUGUAUCCAGAUUGAAGCGAAUAACGCCGGACGAGGGGGAAUCUUUAGAAGGCUCAAUUGCUGUUCGUUGUGCUCCUUUGGAAAAGGAUGUGAUUCGUUUGGUAACAAGCUGCAAUCAAAGUACAGAGGACAUUAAGCUGGCCGUAAAGAAAUUGCAAUUCGUGAUCAUGGAAUUAUUGAAAAUGUGAUCCUGGUGUAUGGCCCCUGCCUUGUUGAGAUUCUAUUUCUAUUCGUUAAACAUUGUGAUCUUCCUCUCCUGAAUAGUAUGGUUCCAGGGCUUGAGUAAUGUUACCGGUAACGCGUUACUUUACUGAAAAACUAAAGGUGACGGAACGGGUUUUGUAGCCUUUCAGUUACCGUUACUUUUUUAAAUAUGCGAAAGACAGGACGUCAAAAGAUCUCCUCCUCGUUAUUUUCUAAGGUUCUGUUUCGAAUGUAGUGAUUUACUUGCUACUGAUGGGAUAAAAACAUUAUCAUGGGAGGCUUCGACUGUUGUUGUCAAUUUACAUUUUCUUUAAAUUUGGCUUGGAAUACUUGCACUAUGUUUACUUCUUUCAAACCACGAAAAGAAAGAUAAAAUAUGUGCGUUUAAAUGUUUAGUAAAAGCGAAAUAUAAAGAAUGAAGAAUAUGACUAAAUAA